AUGACAGCUGGGACCAGAGUCACCGUCAUCACUCACAAGCGCAUCCACAGCGUGGGCUUCAAAAAGCGUGUCCCCCGGGCCCUCAAGGAGAUCCAGAAGUUCGCCCUGAAGGAGAUAGGGACACCCGAUGGAAGAAUGGACCCCAGACUCAGCAAGGCUCUCUGGGCCAAAGGAAUCAGGACUGUCCUGUCCCGUCUCCCGGGUCCCCAUGUGGACUCAGGCUCCAGCGAGCGCACAGCCUUCCUAUCAGAGAGUGCCUCGCAGAGCAAAAGCCUUUCAACGUACAAGGGCAGAGUGCAAAGUCAUGUCCAGGGCCCAACAUUCUAUAUAAGGAGGGUGUGUGUUGAAAAUCAUCAGUGGGGAUUUGUCAUCCAAAGUCAAAACCCACUUAUUCCUCGGAUCCUCCGAAUUCGCCCGCCCCCCAAGUCAUCAUUGCUCGGGACCCAGCGCCCCUCUGAGCCCACCCCGUACCCCACCCACCCCAGACCCCAGUCUCCCCUCAGCACCACCAGGUUAAUCUCCUCUGCACCUGUGCAGGUGUGCCCCGGCCCAGGCGAGGUCCCGGAGCUCCAGGGCCGCGGCUUCCUGACCAUGGAGCAGCUGGCGCUGCUGCCGCCGCCGGCCGUGAUGAACUACAUCUCCCUGCUGCUGGGCCUGUGUGGCCUCGUGGGGAACGGGCUGGUCCUCUGGCUCUUCGGCUUCUCCAUCAAGAGUAGCCCCUUCUCCGUCUACUUUCUGCACCUGGCCGGUGCGGACGGGGGCUACCUCCUCAGCAAGGCUGUGCUGUCCGCCCUGAACACGGGGGGCUUCCUGGGAGCCUUCGCCGACUACGUCCGAGUCGUGUGCAGGCUCCUGGGCCUCUGCGCCUUCCUGGCCGGGGUCAGUCUGCUGCCGGCCGUUAGCCUCGAGCGCUGCCUCUCCGUGCUCUUCCCCGCCUGGUACUGGCGCCGGCGGCCCCGGCGCCUGUCGGCCGUGGUGGCCACCCUGCUCUGGCUGUUGGCACUCCUGGUCACCGGCGUCCACAACUACUUCUGCGUGUUCCUGAGCCACCAGGCCUCGGGGAUGGCCUGCGGGCACAUGGACGUCUUCCUGGGCAUCCUGAUCUUCCUCGUCUGCUGCCCGCUUAUGGUGCUGCCCUGCCUGGCGCUCAUCCUGCAUGUGGAGUGCCGGGCCCGGCGCCGCCAGCGCUCCGCCAAGCUCAACCACGUGGUGCUGGCCAUGGUGGCCGUGUUCCUGGUGUCCUCCAUCUACCUGGGCAUCGACUGGUUUCUCUUCUGGGUCUUCCAGAUUCCCGCGCCUUUCCCAGAGUACGUCACCGACCUGUGCAUCUGCGUCAACAGCAGCGCCAAGCCCGUCGUCUACUUCCUGGCCGGCAGGGACAAGUCGCAGCGGCUGUGGGAGCCGCUGCGGGUGGUCUUCCAGCGGGCCCUGCGAGACGGGCCGGAGCUGGGCGAGGCUGGGGGUGGGACGCCCAACACAGUCACCAUGGAGAUGCAGACGUCCCCUGGCUACCCCUCCUGAGAGGCCGUGCCUGCAGGGGCUGGGGGGAGUCUGGGUGGUGCCUAAGACCUCCUAUUGGACAGGAGCAGGGCCUCUGUCUUAACACCCACUUGGGAAGGAGGCUUCAAGGGGGGUGAGGGGCUGAAAGGUCAAGGAAGGAGACCCUGUGCCCCCGCCACACACACACACACACACACACACACACACACUUUCCUAGUCCUGGGCUGGAUGGCGGGAUGAGGCUGGCUUCCCCACCUU